UUCUCUGAAUCUCUCACAAUCCCAAAGGCAAUAAACACUCUCAUCAAAACAAACAGAAUUAUUAGAAAGCCGUUAACAAUGAGAACCCAUCAUCUCCUCCUAUUUACCAUCCUCUUUUUCGCAUCCACAUUCUCCUAUCUCCAUCCUGCAUCCGCCACCGGAGAACAACCUCCGACCACCGGCAACAACGGCGACACCGAAUUCAUCCGCUCUAGUUGCAAUACAACACUAUACCCUGACAUAUGCUACACUUCCCUCUCUCGCUACGCCAAUGCAGUUCAACAAAAUCCCGGCCAACUCGCUCGCGUCGCCAUAUCCGUUAGCCUCUCCAAAGUCCACCGCAUCGCUUCCUACAUCUCCAACCUCACGCACGAAGCCGAUUACGGCGCAUCCUCACGCGCUGUUCUCGCUCUCCACGACUGUUUCUCAAACCUCGACGACGCCGUCAGCGAAAUCCGCGGCUCGCUUAAACAGAUGCGUCAGUUAGGAGCCGCCGGCUCUGGAACCGACUCGUUCCUCUUUCAGAUGAGUAACGUACAGACGUGGAUGAGCGCGGCGCUUACUGAUGAAGAAACGUGUACGGACGGAUUUCAGGAUGUACCGGAAUGUCCGAUGAAAUCGGAUGUAUACAAUCGUGUCACCAGAGUGAAGAAGUUCACGAGUAAUGCUUUGGCACUCGUUAAUAGUUACGCUAACAAAGGACCUUUGAAUUUGAUUACUUUUUUUUUUCUUCCAAUCUCAGAAUGAAUAGUUCGAUUAAAGAAUAGUAGGUUUUAUUACUGUGUGAGGCAAAAUUGUUAUUAGUGAGUGUGUGUGUGAACAUGUAAAACGUGAAUCGCCAUUCCUCAAUGUAAAUUUUGGUUUUGCAUUUUUGAUUUGUUGUUAGCAAGAAACAAACAAAGGCAUGGGUGGGUUCACGGGACUUUAUGUGAUAGAAUGGAGGGUGUAGAUAUAAAAAAAAACUAGGCACAAUUGAAAAUUGUGUAUGUGAAAUAUAAUGUAUGUAUUGUGUGAGGGUAAAGACGUUUGAGUAAGUUUUUAAUUUGUUACGGUUAUUGGUGUUGGUGCUUUUAAGAAAUUAAGAUAAGGUGAAUAUUUUUAGGUUUGAGUGGAA